AUGAACAAAGACCUCGACNCCCUCACUCGCCUUCGCCUCCAGCGUGCUCAACGCUUCUACCACUCAGGAAACCACUAUCCCCGCUCCAAUGGCGUAAUGUCCACCUUCUACGUCCUCUUUGGCGUAAACGCCCUCGUCUUUGGCGCCCUCAACUACGCAAAAUACACCAAAGACUGGAAACUCGAAAAACUGCUGCUCUCAAACACUUUGCUGUCGCCAGCGAGUGUGGACCAAGGGCGUUGGUGGACAAUCAUCACUUCUGCAUUUGCUCAUGUCGAUCCCAUUCAUUUUGCUUUCAACAUGCUGUCCUUGUAUAACUUUUGCUCGCUCUGUGCGUUUAUCCCUGGCAUGAGCGGAUUGCAUCUUGCUGCUGUGGCUGGCGGUUCAGCGGUAACGGGUGGAUUGGGCUNNUUUCUCUACCACCGCAAGACCAAAAUCGCAGAAGCCGGUCGCGGUGACUGGCAGUCCAAGUCUCGCAACUACAACUCUGCGGCUUUGGGUGCUUCGGGAGCGGUGAUGGGUGUGGGUGCUUUGACGGCUUGCUUGGUGCCCAAUGCUCCCAUGCAGUUGAUGUUGAUCCCCAUCUCUUUCCCUUUGUGGAUGUUUGUUGCAGGUUAUGGUGUGGUGGACUCGUACUUCUUGGACUCGCCGACGUCGGGUAUUGCCCAUGCUGGACAUUUGGGUGGUCUGGUCUUUGGUGCUGCGUACUAUCUGGCCUUGUUGAGAAAGUCGCCAAUGGGUGUUUGGAGAAACAUUCAGAGAACGAUCUCGAGAAGAUGA